AGUAUGGACACUUUUUUUUCGGUGUAAAGCUCCGGUGGCGGAAAAGCAACAGAAACUCGGUCUUUAGCUGUCAACUUGGAGCUAUGCGGGAACUUGUGGAUCAUGGAGUUUCCCCCAAAGAGAACCUGACAGCGGUGUAAACUGCUACACGUAGUUUAGGAAGAUCCUGAAGUGUCAGAAUGACUCGUGUGACUUCUGAGCUGGAGUUUAAAACGCUAGCAGAGUGUAACUACUGUUACCCAGCAGAAGUCCUGGCAGAGGUCAGAGAGGUCACAGCAGCGUUUCCUGACCUGCACCUCUAUGUAGAUUAUUACUAUUACCCCAACAAUGACCGGAAGAAGCUGGUCCAUUUGCGUGGCACUGUCCCUGUGUUUUAUGAAGGUGUACAGUACAACAUCCCGGUGUGUAUCUGGCUCCACAACACACACCCCCAGAACCCCCCACGCUGCCUGGUGUGCCCGUUACGCAGCAUGGUGAUCAACAGCAGGAGCAGCAGCGUGGACGCUCAGGGUCACGUCCUCCUGCACUGCAUCAGCAACUGGAAGCACGGUUGGUCCAACCUGUCCAUCGUCCUGGAGGAGAUGGUCGCCGCGUUUCAGCGCGAGCCGCCGCUUUUCUCCACUCAUCCGAACAGAUCUCCGAAUCUCGCCUCCAGUGCGAAGCAGCAGAAGGAGGAGCAGCUCGAUUAUCGCAGACCUGAUCUGACCACCAGAAGUGGGAACGCCGUGCACAGGAAGUUCUCCCACCCGGAAAUGUCCUCGUCGUCUAUGACCCAGUCAGCCAGAAGCUCUAAGUGUGUGAAGUCGAGCCAGUCUCAGGACGGCGUCGGAGAGCUGAGCAGCGUGAGGAGGUCGUACACUCAGGAGCUGCUGGAUUUCGGGAUUUCCUUCGGAGGACCGAACCUCCAGAAAAACUCGACUAAUCCGUUCAUCACUGCCCCUGAUAUGAACACUUCCGAUCCAGACGAUAUCAGCAACCUGUUUAAAAGCCUCCAGCUGGAAAGAAUAGUCAACAUGUACCAGUUUGACCACAAGGACAAGGACAUUCCUCAGGCGUGGAGGCAGAGUCAGGGGCAUGACGAGGGAUCCGUGCCCCAGCCGAGGUUACUUGACGACAGACACAGAAUCCUGGUGAGUCACCUGCCCGUGGGCGUCUCUCCUCAGAGGAUGAAGAACAAACUAACCAUUUAUUUUCAGAGAAGGCAGAACGGAGGUGGCGAGGUAGUGGCCGUCACGUACCCUUCAGCUCAGCCAGACCAGGCGGUGAUCACCUUCAGGAACUACAGAGAUGCAGCGCAUAUCCUGAAAGAGCCAAACAGAAUCAUCACCAUGGAUGAACAUCAACUUCUCAUCCAGCUACAGAACUUCAAUAGCUCACAAGUCCGCGUCCCGGAGGGCAUCCAGGUAGAGAAGGCCGAGAUGUUCAGCAUUAUCCUGAGUCAGGAGGGCUGCACUUUUACCCCCGCAGAUGUGCUGGAGGCGGUUCAGGCGUGCCGAGACAUCCCGUCUGCUCUCAAAUACCUGUCUCAUGACUGCCCCAUCUGCCAGGAGCAGGUGUCCUUCAGUAAGAUGAUCACCAUGACCCACUGCUCGUGUACGUUCUGCGAAAGCUGCUUCAAAGCCUACUUCUCAUCGGUCAUCAAAGAGAAGAGCAUCGACUACGCUGUGUGUCCGCUGUGUAACAAGCCGGACGUGCGUACAGCAGGACACAGGGAGGAGUCCAUGGAGUACUUUAGCCUGCUCGACACGCAGAUAAGGCACUAUCUGGACACACAGACCCAUGAGCUGUUUCAGAGGAAGCUGAGGGACCGAGCUCUGCAGGAGAUGCCGAACUUCCGCUGGUGUGCUCAUUGUUCUUUCGGACUUCUUCACGAAGCGGACCGACUGAGGAUGGACUGCCCAAGCUGCAAGAAGAGCACAUGCUUUAAGUGCAAAAGCCCUUGGGCUUCCCAGCAUGAAGGACUUUCCUGUGAGAAGUUUAAGGAGUGGCUGCAGCUGAACAGCCCCGAGUUCCAAAACUCACGUCUGGAGGUCCUCCUCAGCCGGAACAAGAUAGACUGCCCCAAAUGCAAGUUCCGGUUCUUUCUGUCUAAAGGCGGCUGUUUACAUUUUAAGUGCACUCAAUGCCAGCACGAGUUCUGCGGAGGCUGCAGUCGGCCGUUCAGGAUGGGCGCUGUGUGUGAUUUCUCUGUUGAAUGUGCUGCCAAGGGUUUACAUGCCCAUCACCCCAGGGACUGUCUGUACCACCUCAGAGACUGGAAUGUGUCCAGACUGCGCAGUCUUUUGCAGCACCAUGGUGUGUCCCAUCCUUUCAUGUCCAGACGGAGGGAUGACAACGGGCAAAAGGGUCCGAAAGGUGUGUGUGGAGUAAUGGAGCACAAAGAGACGGGCAGUGUGAAAGAAGAGCCGUGUGGGCGUCCAGCUUUCCAAGAAUAUAGCGGCUACUGCACGCUUCAUUAUAAAGAGUGCCUGGUGGAGCUGAUAAACCAGAACCGCCUCGAUCCGGUGGUGCUGCUCGAGGUACCCGAACUGCAUGCCGAACUGGACCGCUGGAAGAUCCCAGUCCCGGAGAAACAACCCCUGGAAUCCGACAAGCUCUACAAGGAGCGCCUCAGACAGAUGUUGAUCGAGAGGGUGGGUUUGACCGCGAGCGUCUCUUCGAGAUCAAACCCGGCUGCUCCGCCCACAGCCUCGCCUUCUCCCACCUCCCCGAUGCUCGCUGCUGCUCCCUGGUACUCGGUGCUGAACCCGGGCAGAGCCAAAGCUGAAGACUCUCAACUGCUGCUGAUGCUCAACGACUGAGAGGAAGAUCCAGUGUGUGUGUCCACUGUGCCCUGAGGUUUUAUUUUGCAUCCAGACUAACAUACCUGAUUCAACAGCAGGUACAAAAACAGAAACAGGACUUUGAUUAUCAGGUGUUGAAGCUUCAUCACCUCCAGAAGACUUCUUCCGCUCCGGUAGAGCUCACUCUCUAUGCAGUCAUGCACAAUGAAGUCUGUAAGUAUUUCCGCAGUGUUUCCGCAGUGUUGUUUUCGGCUCUGUAACACAGCACAAUGUUUCACUGCACUUUAGAAUCCAGGAGGAAAAUCUGCCUCUGACUCUCUGAUCGUUUUCCAGGAGCAGGAGAUCAUAGCUGUUGUUGUUUUAGUUUUCCUGUUUAACUCGUAUUAAUGUUUGAUUUAUUUAUUAGAUUUUUAUUGUUCUACAGACCGCAUUCUCUCUUUCUCGUUGAAGCAAACAGGAAGUAAGACAUGAAAAUGAACCAAUCUUUUUUUUUCACAAACAGGAAGGAACUCGAAGCUUAAAAUGCAUUAUUUUUUCGUUUUUAUUCUAAGAAAUUAAUAAUAAUUAAUGGUAUUCCUGUGUAACUUUUCCAGCAUCUUUAGGACAGACGAGUUUGUGCUUUCCGGUUUCUCGUUUACAUGACAAGCUUGCCUUAAUAACUUUGAGAGAGACAAAAAAUGAGGCUGCUAUAAUGAAUGUUCCAGAGCACUACAUUGUACAAUGUACACUAUGUUGCCAAAAGUUUUGGGACACCCCUCCAAAUCAUUGAUUUCAGGGGUUAGGCUCGGCCCCUUAGUUCCAGUGAAAGGAACUCUUAAUGCUUCAGCUUCAUGCCAAGACAUUUUGGACAAUUUCAUGCUCUUUGUGGGAACAGUUUGGGGAUGACCCCUUCCUGUUCCAACAUGACUGCACACCAGUGACCAAAGCAAGGUCCAUAAAGACAUGGAUGAGUGAGUUUGGUGUGGAGGAACUUGACUGACCUGCACAGAGUCCUGACCUCAACCCCAUAGAACACCUUUAGGAUGAAUUAGAGUGGAGACUGUGAGCCAGACCUUCUCGUCCAACAUCAGUGCCUGACCUCACAAAUGCGCUUGUAGAGGAAUGGUCAAAAAUUCCCAUAAACACACUCCUAAACCUUGUGGAAAGCCUUCCCAGAAGAGUUGAAGCUGUUAUAGCUGUAAAGGGCGGGGCAACUCCAAAUUACAUUCAUGUGCGUGUAAAGGCAGGUGUCCCAAAACUUUUGGCUAUAUAGUGACGCUUUCUGUCGUAUGAGAGAAAAUAUGUGGCAUUAUAGGAAAAUAAUCAGCUGCAGAAAAAGGAGAAAUGUGAUGAGUCGAUUAUUUUCCUGUAACAACACAGAGUUUUUAGGAAAAUAUGAAAGUGUGUUGGAGUGCAGAGCCAAAACAAAUGCUAACACGUGACACUCUACCCGAGGUCGUGUUCUCACACGUGUGCUUUAUUUUUAUUUUCUUGCUCUAAGUGUGCAGCUUGUCUAAACCGUGCUGUUGGUUCCUAGCGCUGCAUUUCACACUGAAACACCGACACCCGUUACAUCGUCUCCUCCUUUUCUCCACGAUACUUUCAUUUACCAAUAGUUUUGUGUGAAUAACCAUCAUGUGACACUGUUCUGAUUUAAAGAGCACAGGAAUGCAGUUUUUAAUGAUCGUGAAGCAUUAAACACACGUGACAUUGGGAAUAACUGCUAUAAUAAAAUAUUUUUCUAGCA